CGAUCUUGUCACAACCGUCGAAAGCCUCAUUCUCCAGCUUCUGCAGGUAGUCGCUGGCCUCCUUCACGAAUGCGUUGAAAGCGUCCUUGUCCAGUUGCGACUGAGCACUCAGCGAGUUACUAUUGCGGUACGUCUCAAUCCACUGACGGUAUGCGUCAUUCUCGUUUAGGCGACGCGGCUUUGGUUGCUCUGGGAUUUUAGCCACCAGGUUCUGCACGGCCAAGAUGCUUCUAAGCUCCGGCAAUUCCUCUAAUAACACGGAGAUUUAACAAGUCAGCACUGCAUCGUAAAGUACUUCCCAGAGAGUCACCACACACCAAUAGGCUGCUGCUUGAAUAGACGCCCCAGCGACAGACGCGAUGAAGAACGCGUUGGCGCCGUCAACGCUGCUGACAGUCGAUGCAUUUUGCGAUGAUGAACGUCCACACAGUCGUUUCGCUUAAGUACGAAAUCAAAAUGCUGAUGCGGCGAUGUAUGCUGUCAGCCCGUCGGGCUGCGGGCUGCCGAGCGUUGAGCUCGUCGGUCGGUGACGGUCUCUUUGUUGUGGAAGGAGAUCUUACCCAGCUCCCAGUGGGCACCAUCCCGGCGGUUGGUGUGGAGGCUCAGGUGACUCAUGCUUUCUCGAUUGAGGACACACGUGCCUUUGCCCGACUUUCAGGCGACAAUAAUCCUCUGCAUGUAGACGCCGACUUCGCUCUAAAGCACGCAGCUGAGAGCAAACCCGUGGUGCAGGGACUAUUGUCCGCAAGUCUCUUCGCCACCAUUUUCGGCCGUACUGUACCGGGCGCCGUGUACGUCAAGCAGAAUCUACGUUGGAGAGCACCUUUGCUGGUGGACGAGAAGGUGAUAGCUCACAUCCGCGUGGUGAAAGUCCGCAAGCGCUUUGUCGAGUGUGAGACCGUGUGCAUGAAAGCGAGCAAUAGCGUCGUCGUCGUCGAUGGCCAAGCUACGCUGCUGAUACCAUCCAAUCAGACGACGUGCACCUAGAGGCUUCCCGGAGGAUACUAACAUUAGAGCCACGCCGCUAUUGCAAGAGUACAUGUAGAGCUCUUUUCAUCAAGGUCGUAUUAAGUAGCUGCUCAGUUUAAGUCACACCACCUCAGUUUUGUGAUCUGUGCCUUCAUCUCGGCUUAGUCUUUGUUGAAUAGCU